AUGAUCCUCAGCAUCAUUAAGGAUUACUUUCUCAACUCUACCUUACACGGACUACGCUUCAUUGCAGAAGACAAUCGUCACAUCACAGAAAGGUUAUUCUGGGCAGUCUGCUGUCUGAUGUCUUGGUACGCAUCAGCGCUGCUUAUGGGUUCCUCCUGGUUUCAAUUUCAGAACAACGCCAUCAGCUUCGCAAUGGAAACCACAUACCUGGAGUUCCAUACGCAUUUUCCUAUGGUAGCCAUAUGUGAAAGUUCCUCCCGUAAUCGUACGAACGAAAUCGCCGAGAGAGCUAGGGCAAUUAUUGGAGAUUUUGGAAAUACGGAAGUGUGCAAACAGCUCUCACACUUCCGUCUCAAGUCUAGCUUCAUAAAAGACAACUGCUUCAGGGGUCGCACACUGGAAUUUACAGGGAACUGCACAUUCACGAAUCUGUCCAUGGUAGCACGAGCGUUCCGUUUGCCGUGCGAAGAAGUUAUGGAAAACUGCAAGUGGAAAGGCGAGCCCUUCAACUGCUGUGACCAGUUCGUGCCACUGGAAACAGAGAUGGGAAUCUGUUUCGCCAUUAACAGCAUACACGCAUCACGAGAAGGAAUAUCGGAGCCGCCACUGGACAUGCGUGUCAACUCCAGCACAGGGCCUGGUUCACUCUACAUCGAGUUUCUGACCAAUGUUGAGGCGUUCGUACUGUCGCGGUACGAGGUGCCGCACAUGAACACAAAGGACCGGAACAUCUUGAGAAUGGAAGGGACCAUGAUCCGGCACCGCGCCUUCACCGUGCAGGAAGUGUUCAACGAGCGGGACGUGCACGACCUGAGCAUCGGCCAGCGCCGCUGCCGCUUCCCGUACGAGAACAACCUCGCCGUCUACGACAAGUACUCCUACUCCGGCUGCAUCGUCCAGUGCCGCAAGGACGCCAUGAUGAAGUUGUGCAACUGCUCCACCCACCAGAUGCCCAAAGCCCGUCCAGAAGAACAUUGCAACCUGAGGGAGAUCCUGUGCAUUGGGAGCCACGAGGACUACCUGUCGGUGCUGCGCAGCAGCACGGGCGUGCGCAAUGCGCUGUUCUGCCCCUGCACGACCAGCUGCGAGGACCAGAUCAUCACCAGCACGUACGGCUCGCUGACGUACAAUAAUUCCAUGGAGCUGAAGUCCACGCUGCUACUGGAACAACAAAACGUACCAACAGAGAGAUUCAAGCGGUACGUCGUGAGGGGUCCUCUGGACAUGGUCGUGUCCAUGGGCGGAGCGACAGGACUUUUCGUGGGCGCCAGUCUGCUCAGCUUCGCAGAGAUCAUCUACUACUUCACGGCGCGCGCCUACGCCAGCGUGAUGCUCAAACGACGCUCAAAGAAGGAGGAGCAACAGCAAGGCCCGCUGCUGCCGCUGAGGCGCCGCCGAAAUGUCUCCAAGUCACUGCUGGCCACCCGCACCAACAACUAA